CCUCGGACCUGCCACGCGUUCGCUCACCGCGUCGGUCACGCCUUCGCUGCCAUCCGUUUGUCGUCGGCACUCCUCGUGUCGCUUCUGCCCCAGCGUUGCCAGUUAGUACCCUUCGUCGCGUUUCUCCCGCUCCCUCGGAGGCCGGGCUCUCGGGUCUUGCUGUCGUCGGCGUGCUCGCGUGCUCUAAAUGGCACGGCGCUGCUCUCAAUCACGCAUUGCUUCAGCCGAACGCCAUCCUCCUCCUCCCAUUGCGCCACCUCUUCUCGCGGCCCUUAGACUCGCGUCUCUCCGCUCGCAAGCAUCGAGCUCUCCACGCUCGCCGCGCUCGCCGCUCUCGCCGCUCUCUCGUCUCUAGCAGAGCUAGUAGCGGCAGCACGCGUCAGCGGCCGCGCGGGAUCUCCCGAAAGCAUGGUGUGACGCAGCGCUGUCAGCGUGACGCAGCGCUGUCAGCGUGACGUCCAACGCCAUGGAGCCCGCCAUGGAUGCCCCGCAACUCGCGGCGCCUGCCACGGCGGCAUCGACGCACCGCCUGGUCGUGAGCAGCCCCAGCAAGGACGGCCACGCCAGCCCCGGCUCGCCCGAGGUGAUGUCGGUGCUGGGCGGCAAGGCGUCGUGCCGGCGGAAGUUCGUCCUCCACGUGCAGCUGACGGACGAGCAGGGUAACCCGGUGAGCAAGGACCUCGCUGUCACCGCCUCCCUCACCUACUCGCACGACUGCAGCUCGGUGAAGCUGGAGGAGGGGCAGGCGAUGGUGGAGCCGCCGCUCUUCACCACGUUCAACGGCGUCGAGUUCCCCGCGCACCUGCGCCCCUCGCAGAUGCUGCAAGGCCGCGCCACCUUCAAGCUGGCCCUGUCGGUGCUGUCGUCCAAGUGCGACAACCGCCUCUUCGCUGUGUGCUUCACCGCCGCCACGCCGCUCAACGCCCCCGACCUCCUCAACGAUGACGGCUCGCCGCUGCUUGUGGCGCCCGGCUACUCUCCAGCCAUCCGCAGCAUCUCUCGCAAGCGGUCGCGUACUGCUGGUGCUCCGUCCGGUGCUGCUGCUGGCAGGGGGGGCGGCGGGGGCGGGAGCAACGCGAGCAGCGGCAGCACGAGCCAUGGCAGCGCGGGGGCUCAGGGGCUGCACCUGGCGUCCAACGGCCUGCAGCUUCCGUCCAAGCUCGCCUUCCUUGCACCCGUGCAGGUCCCUUCUGGGCCCCUUCUCUUCCCGCCGCCCUCCUCCCUCUCCCCCGCGCCCCGCCGGUGGCGCAGCAAGGCCAGCCACGAGUUCAUCACCUCGCCGCCCGCUGACGUGGCGCAUGAGCUGCCCUCCUGGCGCAUGUGCCCGUCGCCCUCUGCGCCCCUUCUCUGCCCCUCCCCCUCCUCGCUGCUCCCCUCCCCUCAAGGCCCCCACAAGCCUCAUUCGCUCCCGCCCACGCCCUCUCUCCCCAUCCCUUCCCCCACGGGGGGCGUGGCGCACACCCCCUCCCCCCGGGCGGCAGCAGCAACGGGGGGCAUGCCAUCACCGUCGCCUCGCGCUUUCUCCACGUCAGCACCAUCGCCAACCGGCACAGUGGGCUCAACGAACGUGUCGGCGCACGGCUCCCCUGCCAUUACUGCACGACCCUCCCCCUCCCUACUGCCACGUUCAGCUGCCCCUACCCCUGCUGCGCCUCCUUCCCUAGAUUCGCCCAUGGCCGGCAGCAGUGGCUGCCACGUCAGCAGCGGGCAGAUGUUGAUCCCAAGGGAGACGUGGAUGGAGAGGAGUGGCAGUGGCUGCAGCGUUACAGCUGCUGCUCUUCCCACUCCUGCCCUCACCCCUCCUGCUCCCCCUGCUGCCUCUGCUCCAUAUGCGCCUCCUGCCCCUCCUGUGCUGUUCGCUCCCUCUGCCCCCGAGGCAGCAGCGCACCCCCCCGGCUCCUUCUCCCACUUCCUCACCACGCCCCUCGUCUUCCCCUCCUCCGCUACCCUCCUCUCCGCGCCCCACGCUCCCGCCACUCUGCCGCCCAACACUCAGAGCCACAGCCAAGGCUACCACCUGAGCUACAACCAAGGCUACAGCCGCCCCUCUGGUGAUGGCGAUCUAGCCCCGCGCAUGCAGGGCGCGGGAUACGUGGCGGGCGAGAGGGGAGAGGGGGCAGCAGCGACAGACAUGGAUGCCAGUGCAAUGCAAAUACCCGCAGACCAGUCCCUGCUGCUCCACCACCAGCCCUUGCAGCAAAUACCAGAGCAGGCGGCUGAAGUCCUUGUCCAAUCGGAGCAGUGCACGUGGCAGCAGCCUCUGCAGGCUGUGGUGAAGAUGGAGACAGAAGGCGAAGGGGCGAUGGAUGGGGUGGCCAGGCAACCAGUGCCACACCAUGGGCAUGGGCAUGGGCAUGGGCAUGGGCAUGGGGAAGGGGAUGGCGGGGUGGAUGUCAAAGGCUGUAGUGAAGGGUUCUCGGGCGACCCCCUUUUCAACGCCCACCCACUCGCUCACGUCAAAUCUUCCCAGCAUCAGCAUCGGCAUCUGCAGCAGUUUCCGCGCCAGCAGCAGCAGCAGCCACAGCCGCAGCCGCAGCAGCAGCAGCAUAACCAGCAGCUGUCGCCCUUCUUGUCGGACGAGGCAUUCCACGGCAGCCUGUCGCCCUUCAACUCCCCUCUAGCGGACCCUCUAUUCGGUCCGCUCAUGAGCCCCUUCUCCCUCUCGCCCGGACCCACCCUAUCUGCCAUCGCCGCCGGGCCUCUCCUCGACCCUUUCAAGCUCUUCCCCCCCGCCGCUGCUGCCGCCGCCACCAUUGCGGCCGCUGCUGCCGCCACCGCCACCCUUGCUGCCGCUGCAGGGACGGGCGGAGGGGGGUCAGGCCACCUGGCAGCACUGGCAGCGGCAGGCGGGGAGGAGGCAGAAGAGAUGCGCAUGGCGGCGUCUUCCCCUUCGCCCCUGCCCUUCCCCCUGCCUGCUGCCUUCCCCUCGUCCGCCUCCUUCGCUCUACCUGAUUCCCCCGGCACCCAGGCGGCCCUGGAGCAGUGCGCCCACUCGCCGCUGCUGGAGGGGGCAGGGGGGGGGGCGGAGGGGGAAAGUGUAGGACGGGAAGGGGGGAGAGGCGGAGGGAAUGAGGGGAUGGGAGCAGGUGCACAUGGGGAAGGCACAGGGGGCGCGAGCAGCAGCUGUGGGGCCGUGGAAGAGGGAGGGGGUGAGAGAGGCACGCAUGUUGCCUAUGGACCGCCCCUCAUUGACUCGUCACCGGAUAAGACCUUCUCUGCAUACUCCCCGCCUCCAGAUAAGGCCUCCCCCUGCUCCCUGCCCCCGUAUGCCACCUCCCUCGCUUUCUUGCCGGCCCAGGACUCCCCCUGCCAGGCCUCCACCUCCUCCACCCCCUGCGGCCCGGGUGCUUCCGGGCGCGGGGAGCGGGGCGAGAGGGGCGAGAGGGGUGAGAGGGGCGAGAGCAGGGGGCGGCGGGCUCUGUUCAGCAGCAGCCAGAGGCAGCCAUCACGCCUGGGGGAGAGGGGCAAGGGGCGCGGCACAGAGGGGGAGAGGGAGGGUGCAGUGGGUGGGGUGGAGGGGAGAACGGGGGUGCUUGAGAGUGAGAGUGUGGAGGGAGCGAGAGCACGGGCAGCAGCAGCAGCAGUAUGUGCGCCACCAUCCCACGUGGCUCAGGGCAGCAGCGGCCUCACUGCCUGCCGCAGCAUGUCCCCCUGUGGCACCACGAGGGAGAGGGGCAUCUGUGCGGGCGUGAAGGGGCGUGCGGCGCACCUCAAGGGGCUCACCAUCAAGGCGCCGCCCCGCCCCUCCCUCAAAGCCAAGCAGCCCCGCUCCGCCUUCUCCCCCUACCGCUCCCCCCGCUCUUGCACCAUCUCCCCCUCCUCCCGCGGCCCCAACCUCUCCCCCCUCCCCCGCACCGUCUCACCCCGCAUGCUCUCCCCUGGAAUGCUCUCCCCCCUCGGCCGCGUGCUCGCGCACUUCAGCAGCCCAAGAGCGCUACUGGGAUCCGCUCCGGGGGGGGAGGGCGCAGGGGGAGGGGGAAGAGGGGGGGGUAAGGAGGGCAUGGGGGUGGAAGGGCGGGAAGAAUGGGGGAAGCAUGCCUGGGAGAGCAACAGUCUGUGAAGGGGGGAGGGGGAGGGGGAGGAUGGGUUGAAGGUGAAGGAGUGCAGCUUUUUCAACAGGUGGGUAAUGAAGGCUGAAGAGCGGUACACAUACGGUAACGGUGUGGAUUCUACAGGGGGCACUAUAUUUGUGUUGUUCAAUAAAGCUGUGUGGUGUGUCCCUGCACCUCAGUACAGGCUUGCCCCCUGCCGAAGUGGUACUGUCAGUGCAAAUGUUUAAUUGCAUGGUUCAGUUCGGUGGAAGUCUGUACUGAAGUGCAGUGGCGAGGAGAGGAUAGGAUACGCCCUUGUUGGCAACUCAUAAAUGUGAUGUCAAAUGACUUAUACCAAGUAUAUCUAUAUGACUCCAAACUGUCAAACAUGUGUAUUUGU